AUGCAUUCAUCGAUCGAUAAGGAAGAAUCCGGUCCUUCUUCCCCGAAGCGUCAGAAGACGGAGGAAGAGACAAUCUGCUACUACAGCGAUUCGGAUGAUUCCGAUUGCGGCACACCGGAGGAAAUUCAACUGUUUUAUGAUGAGUGGGAUAAGAGCCAGGGCUUUGAAAUCGACUUCUCGAAACUUACUUACUGUUCCAGCUGGAAACAAUUGGACCUGGACGAUAGCACAAUGGUCAAAGAGCCUGAAACCAACCGAGAAUUUAUCGCCAAGUUGGCGAAACUCGCUCUCACCAAGCACAACGCAGAAAUGCAAACAAGUCUGGAAUUGGGCAAGAUACUGAGGGCAAACUUUUAUCUGGCUGCUGGACCCGUCUUCCAUAUCUCAUUCCAAGUGAAUGAUCCUUCUCAAGGCAAUCAGACAGUACCCUAUCGAGCAGUGGUUCGGUACUUGCCCGGAGAUACUGAAGUAGGCUCUUGCUUUCCCAGACCAACUUCUUGA